AUGAGGUUCUCUUCAUUGUUUGGGCCGGCGACUGGCUUGCUUUUUGCGGGCUUACCAACCCUCUUCGCCCUGUCAUUCGAGUCGGUAUCUGUUCCAGAACUAGACCUAACCUCGCUGGGACGGGUGUCAAUCACCGGUGAUUUCGACGGCGUCUCGCUCUACCAGUACAAGGAACAGUCCGAAUCAAUCCCUCGAAAUGGCUCGCAAUCCCUUCUGACUCCGUUACCGAACGGCAUCCUCACAAACCUCGAAUCAUCCGAUGCGCAUAUCUUGGCCAUGUGCCCCUUUACACAAAAAGAUGGAACUUUUGCGGGUAUUUUCGUCGGUGGUAACUUCACCAGCUUGGGCGGAGUUGAGUCGCCCGGUGCUGCGCUUUUCAAUCCCAAUACCAGCAAGAUCACUGCGCUGCCAGGCCUUUCGGGCUCGGUACAGGCCGUGACUUGUGAUCAGAGCACCAAUCGCGUUUACGUCGGAGGAAACUUUACAUACGAAAAUACAACAAACGCUGUUGCUUGGGCACCUGGCGACGGCUGGAAGGAUCUAUCGUUCAAUGGUCUGAAUGGGCCAGUCAGGUCGAUCUUGAAGGCGGAUAACGGUCACAUCAUCUUCGGAGGAUCGUUUGAUUCCCUCGGCAACAGUACCAGCUCAUCAAACGAACGGCAAAUUCUCAACCUGCAAAAUGCGACCAUCACCUCCGACACAGAUUCAUCCUUGAGUGGCUACUCCGAUCCCCGCAAUAUCAUCUGUUCGACAAGUGGAAAGGCUGCCAAGGGCAGCACCUAUCUGCUUCACGACUAUGCACCUGGAUUCUGGAGAGCAGACCUUGGAUUUGACUUUUUCCCAACCAAAAUUCGCCUAUACAACACUCAUCUGGAUGGACGUGGUACUAAGGACUUCUUGCUCCGAGCGCUCCCCGACAAUGGUAUCAUGAACCUGACUUACACCGACGAGUCAGGCAACAAGGCCAGUUGUGACUCUUCCUGCCCGCUUUCCAGCAGCACUACCGAGAAGUACCGUGAAUUCACCAUGGUGAACCCUGUUGGUAUGCGGGGCCUCCAGAUCGAAAUCUUGGAUUGGUAUGGACAGGGAGCCGGUCUGAACGGCAUUGAAGUCUUCCAGGAUCAGAUCCUGACAUAUGCCGUUGACCAAUACAACGAACCGACCUGCGCAGGCAUCGAAUACCCAGCCAAGUCGACACGUACAGGUUCAUGGAAUGUCGAAUCUGGGUAUGUGUCCGCGAAGGUAACCGACUCUGAUGCCUCCUCCACUACUGUCACAUUCCAGCCUGAUAUCAAAAAAUCCGGCAACUACACCAUUAAGGUCUACACGCCCGGUUGUACCCAGGACGACAGCUGCAGCUCCAGAGGAAUUGUCAAUGUUACGGCCACUCUUUCAAGCGGCUCUGAUUCCGACCAACCUGGUCCUGCCUACUUCUAUCAGACCAACAACGACGACAAGUAUGACACAUUCUACACUGGUUACGUCGACGCAAGCAGCGACUCUUUCCGACCAGAAGUCACCAUCAAGGCCAAGGAUGGUCAAGGAGAUAUCACCAUUGUGGCAUCGCGCGUCCGCUUCGAGUUAUUGUCAAGCACCGGUGGUCUCAAUGGGCUGUACGACUAUGACCCGACCUCCAAGACAGAUACCACCGAUCUCACGAAGUCAGACAUCAACAAGGCGGGUACCUCCCUUGAUCAUGAUGCCUUGGUAUCAUGUAUUGAGGAGUAUGACGGUGUGACCUACAUUGCCGGCAAUUUCUCUGACAGCAACAUCCACCACAUUGCGUCCAUUACAGAUGGAAAUGUCACAGCAAUGUCUGGCUCUGGCUUGAACUCCCCAGUGCUGGCAAUGGCUACUCUUGAUAAGACUCUGUAUGUCGGAGGCCGCUUCACUGAUACCUCGGAUGGGGGAGAAGACGGCCUCGAGCACGUAGCAUCUUACUCUUUCUCCUCCAAGAAGUGGUCCGCCCUGGGUGCCGGUUUGAACGGUCCUGUUACCUCAAUUUGGCCCGUUGAACUGAACGCAUCAAGUUCGAUCAAUGAGACUAUUGUCGCUGUGAGCGGUGACUUUGACCAAAUCAUUGCUUCAAAUGGAAACCCCGCGGUCUUCGUGGCUGGUUUCGCCAUCUGGGUCCCCUCCAAAAAGGACUGGCUCCAGAACCUCAAUGUCACCCAGAUGCAGUUCGGUGGUCAAUUGUCGGCCUUUGCUUCGCACAACGACACGCUCAUUCUGGCUGGCAGCCUCUCUACCGACGGUACCACUGCUGGUAGUGCAGUGUCGCUCCUGGAGUCCGAUGGCGCCCAACUCAUCCCUCUUUCAAUGAAGAUUGACCAUCGAAUCUCGAGUACCGGUCUAUACUUCGGUGCAUAUGAUACCGGUGAUGACCGCAACCUCACCAUCUACGGUGGACAUUUCAGCGCUACUGGUAGCAAUGGAUCGACCAUUCAGAACGUUGCCAUCCUGAACGGUACCGAUGAGACCAUCUCAGGCCUACCGUCAGGUAUCGACAGUAACUCAACGAUCGCUUCCAUGCUCGUGUACAACAACACCCUCUAUGCAGGCGGAAACUUGACCGGCAAAAUUGGCGACGAGACCUUGAGUGGAUUUGUGAUCUAUGACCUCAGCGAUAACAAAUUUGCAUCGAGACAAUCCUCCGUGGAAGGCUCGAAUGUUACGGUCAACUCCAUCGUCAACCGACCCAGCUCAUCUGAAGUCUGGAUUGGAGGCAAAUUCGAACAGGUCGGGACAUUCCCUUGCCCCUCUGUCUGUUACUUCGAUUCGACCAGCGGCGAAUGGGGCCGACCGGGUGUGUCUCUCGAUGGCACCGUGACGGAACUCCAAUGGGCAAGCAAAACCAAGCUCAUGGCCGUGGGUGACCUCCUGGUGGAAGGCAACAAAACCUCAAUUGCUACUUACGACACCAAGGCCCAAGCAUGGACCUCUUUAACUGGUGCAUCUCAGUCCGACCUCCCUGGAAACAUCACUGCGUUCACCCCCGCCAGUGAAGACCUCUCGAAGUUCUGGGUCGGAGGUACUGCCAGCAACGGUUCAGCCUUCUUCUUGAGCUAUGAUGGUUCUAAAUUCCACUCUCCUGGUGAUCUUUUCUCCCAGGGCUCGGUCAUCCGUGGUCUGGAGUUGCUCCCUGUCACCAAGGAUCAUUCAGAGGCCUCUUUAUUGAACAACUACCAGACGCUGCUGAUUAUGGGCUCCCUUGUGAUCCCAGACUUUGGAAAUGCAUCCGCAGCACUCUACAAUGGAACCGCUAUCACGCCCUUCAUCCUUUCCUCGAAGUCUGAUGGGCAGUCUGGUAGCAUGUCAAGGUUCAUCUCCGAGAAUAAGAACACCUACGCCAGUAACACGAAGCACCACUCCAAUGGUAUCGCCGUCCUGGUGGCCUUCUGCUGCGCCCUUGGCUGCGUCUUCCUCAUCGUCCUGGCCGGUGUCAUCCUGAACAAGGUGCAGCGCCGCCGUCAGGGCUACGCAGCUGCUCCUCAAACCUUUGGUACCGACCGACCAUCCGAUAUGCAGCGUCUUCCCCCAGAGUAUCUCUUCAACUCGCUGCGACAGCCCAACCCCAGCGCCCCAGUCCUUUAA